AUGCGGCGCGUGGCUCAGGGUGUGAACAAGGAGGAGUGGCGACGAAGAAAAAUCUCGAGUUUUGGGGUGCAAGGAAGGAAGGAGGGGGCAGCAGGGUUGAGUGCAGGUUACGGAGUUGUACAAUUGGGAUGCGAGGGGAAGCUUCCUCACAAUUUCCUAGUCAAAGGAAGGGAGCUUCCUUACAACUUCUUGGUCAAAGAAAGGAAACUUCCUCGUAAGUUCCUAGUCAAAGGAAGAGAACUUCCUCUUAAUGUUGGUGUUAUUUUGGAGCAUCUUGAUGAUAAAGAUGAUUACACGCCUCUGGCUAUGAAAGUGAGGGUUGCGCACUUAAUUCUAAGAAGACGAAGAACUUUUUGCAGCCCAAGUUCGAACAAGUCCCAGGUGGGCUUCGCGACGGGGGCCGGGCUGAGGCUUCGUUCGUGUGAUGUUCACAUUGGGGAUAGGGCUGACGAUCCGGGUAGAUGUAGCCACCGACAUAAGUGGAUGUUGCUAUUAUGUGGUUUGAGAUCUAAAUUCCGGGUAUUCAUAUAUUCGGCGCCUACAACUCUUGGACUGGUUUUCAUUUACUGGACAGCUUAUAGUAUAUAUAGCUAUAAGUAUUAUUUUGUGAAACUGCUGUUUAAAGCUCUUGGAAUUCUAUUGGCCAGCAGGGAGAGUGAAGUGUUUGUUAGUUGCUAUGAGGUUAACAUAAAAGCAUGCAUUCACAGCUUCUUUACCUAA